AUGCGAGCUGCCUUGAUGUGGACCAUUAACGACUUUCCAGCAUAUGACAUGUUGUCUGGUUGGGGUACACAUGGCAGAAUGGGUUGUCCGUAUUGCAUGGAAUGCACUAAGGCGUUUACAUUGGAUAAAGGGGGGAAAAGCUCGUGGUUUAACUGUCACCGUAGAUUCCUACCAUCAAAUCACCCCUUUAGAAAAAACAAGACAAAUUUCAAAAAGGACGAAUGGGUAACAGAUUUGCCUCUGCCUCGAUUGUCACCAGUUGCUAUAUGGAACCAAGUUCGUGAACUUCCAAAGUUUACAGAUACUGGAAAAGCAUAUCCUGAAAGUGAAAUCAACCAAAUUCCAUGGGAAUGUAACAUUUCUGGAGAUGUCAGGAUGAAGAAAUUUUUUCAUGUGCUUUCUAGAGACAAAGCUACUUCUUCGAUAAAUCUAGAAGCAUCGGAAACUCAACAUCCAAGUGAGAGUAUUAAAGUUGUCGAUUAUGAAUUGUUGGAAACCGAUCCAGGAAUUAGGCCUCCAAUUUCAAGCUAUCAUCAUGACAUCCAAAAUGAGGUAAUCAAAGACGUAGAUUUUGCAAAAAUUGGUUUGAUUUGUAUGAUUGGAUUGAUUAUAGUGAAUCUAAGGACCUGGCAUUUUGCUUGCCAUGUUUUUUGUUUAAGAAUGUCUCUAAAUACGGGGGAGAUCACUUUGUGA